UUGUAUACUGACCGACAAAUUUUGUGACUAUUUCGGAGAAUUUCCUCUUUUCUUGUGUCGUAAAGAAUCAGAAACAUAGAUAUCGUUGUAAAUAAAUGGCGGAUAAGUCGGAAACCAAGCUGUAAUAUAUCUGAGACAGUGUUGAUUUUGGGUGGCAAACUCAGGAUAAUGAAGUUUUUGAUUGAAGAAUUCUCUUGGUAUUCAUUUCAAUUUUCUAAUAGUGUAGGAGGAAAACAUGUGGGUACGAUCGAGGCAAAAUGAAAGCAAAUACACAACACGACAACUUUAAUUGAUAUGUUAAAAACAUCAAAGCACUAUUUCGAUCUCGGGAGCAAUAUAAGGAUUUUCGAAAUGAGAGUUUAUGCCGGACGAAAACCUUCCAUGAACAAUGUUUGGGCAAUAAACUAAGCCAGCGCCAGAUGAUUUAUGAAAUUCAGCAUUAAUUCAUAAGUAAGAAGAGAAAUAAAAUCUAAAUCAAAUUUUUAGAGGCGAAAUGAUCACAUAUGCCUUGAAAAUGUGCGAAGAGCGUAGAGCCAGAAUAGGCCAUUUGCGUAUUUUCCUUUGAAUCUGUGUCAAAACGAGUCUUGGUGGGAAGCUAAUCGUAUGAAAAUGUGCUCCCUGGAAAGGUUCAUUUUCAUGCAAAUAAAGGUUUUCCACCAUGACUCGUUUUGAAACAGAGGCACAAGGUAACUUGGAAAUAGUCUUUUCGAUUUUGCUGUCCAUUUGUUUGAACAUUCCACAAAAUCGAACUCCGCACUGAUUUCGAGUCGCUUAGAUUAUAGGACUUCACCAUCGUACUUUUAAUCUAAGCUUUCCUCGUCAUUUACCUUGUCAUCGUCACGAGCAUAAACACUUCUCUAAGCCGCCAUUUUUCGAAACCUGAAAUAUACCUACGCAUGCGUUUCACCAAGAGAUUCGCCUAAUCCCGCAGUGGAAAGUUUACAUGUUCUGGACGACAUUAUCAUGUUGGACCAGGUUUCGCUUCAAUUUUGCACGAGAUGUGGAUCAAACGUCGUGCCAGCGUUGAACUUAGUAUUCUACAAGUUCGACUUAACCACAACUGUAGCUCGGCGUUUGAAUCAAUUAACGUCGGCCAGAAUAGGGUAUAUGGCGCGGACAAGCUGAGUCACACUAAAAGCUACCCAACACUUACGUGACGCUGGAUUCAAACGUCGAACUACACCUGUACAGUCGUGCUAAAUGUCGGUCUUAAUUGAUCAACAGAGUCCGGCACGACGAUAGCGCAACGUAUGAGCCUGGUAUUAGUUCACGAUCCAACCAUUCACUUCUUUAUUCGUUUUAUCUAUCCAGUUGACAUGUUCAGUCAUUCGUUCGUUCGUUCACUCGUUCCUGGGUUCCUUCGUCUGUUCUUUUGUCCCUUCAAUCAUGUAUUUAUGUUUCUGUUCUUUGCUUGUAGAGUCUCUAUCAGCAUGAUGAAGUCUGCGGCGUGGAUCCUACCUUUGGCCUUUGAACUUGUCCUUUAUCACACAGCAGUUACCAGCUGCCCUCUAAAGUGCUCCUGUAAAGAUACGUCGAUGCAUUGCAACAUGGAUGAUCUCAGAUCUCUUGAAACCAUGAGCGACCAAAACAUCACUAACCUAUCGUUAUCAAGCAACAGGAUCAAGAAUAUAACUCCUGGAGUUUUCAAACGAUUUGAUCGACUACAGUUUUUGUCUUUAGAAGAAAAUGAAAUACACCAGCUCACUAGUGGAUCGUUUGUGGGGCUAAAAAGUCUGCAAACUCUGGUUUUACAAAACAACCAGAUCUACUACGUAUCACAGGAAGCGUUUCAUCCUCUACAAUCUUUGCGACAGUUGAAUCUCAGAAAUAAUAGAUACAAACAGUUACCGUCUUCUAUACUGUUCCUGCCAUCUCUGGAGAAGCUUGUGGUCGAUGGUUCAAGAGAAUGCGAAAGCUGCGAGCUCAACUUUGCACCAAACUGUUCCUCUGACACGAGGAGGAAGCCAAGGCAGAUUCCUUCCUUUGGCAGUGUGGCCGGUGUUUGCUUGAGCAUAAGGUGCUUGUACCAUCCGCCUACCUCGUCGUGUACAUCCGCCCAGGUGGAGAAAAGCGACGUGAGUUCUACACAAUAUGCAGUAAUCAGACUAACCCAGGAUAACGUUUCUUACCAUAACAACACCGACGCUUCGUUAACUUCUCCGUCUCUUCUAGAAAACAUUGCGUUAAAAACCUUCUUAUUCAUCUUGGGCAUCUUGGCGGUCUUGGUCAACUUAGGUACAAUAACUAUCGUGUUUACAACGCCCCAGCUUGCUCGCAUUAGCACGAUGUUCUUAGCAGGUCACAUUGCUGUCUGCGACUUCCUGGUUGGACUGUCUUUGUUAGUUACUGCAGUUCUUGCCUUUGAUAACGAACAAAGAAGAUUCAUUGAUUACGUCUGUCCGUACGUCUGUCCUGUAAUGAUAUCGUUUCGUUCAGCCGCACUUAUCGUUGAACCUUUGGUUUUAUUUGUCAUGACACUAGAUCGCUACAAACGCAUUGUCAACUAUGGCAAGCCUCCACUGAGUCGCCACUUUAUAUCGAUAGCAACUUACUUUUCAUGGUUUACCGCUGUUGUUGUAGUAAGCGUUGGGUCAGUUGGCUUCAUUGAUAAAGUAAAAUAUGGGACUCUUUGCUCACGAGUAGAUUCUUCAAGAAAAUCGAUUGACUUUUACAUCGAGAAAGCCCUUAUUACAGUCAGUGUUGCUCUGUUUGUAUUCUGCUGUAUCAUGUACUUUCGAAUUUACAGAGUAGUAAAGACCCAGAACCAGCGGAUGGGAACGCAAACGUAUGUACGAGUUUCUAAGCUGAUCUUCGCCCUCGUUUUUAGUACUGUGGUAUUAUGGUACGUCCCAGCUAUAGCGGUCGCAUUCUUUGGGCGUCAAAAUGUCAGCAGAGAAGUCCGGCAGCUAGCAAUCCUGAUUGCAUUCACGACGAAUUCGCUAAUAAAUCCUUUCCUGUACGUUUUCAGAGAAAAGAAAUUUCGACGUGAAAUAUUUCCCUUCUGUAACCGCCGCACAGGAGGUAGAACGGUAAAUCCAAAUGUAGACGGGAAGAAUGUAUUUCGAGUCUAUGAGAUUGCCAUGGUUAAUAUGGAAGGACUACAAACUUCAAGUAACUAUUGUAAUGACGAGGAAACAUCGAAAGAGUAUUCAACGUCACUGUAAAGAGUGGAUCAAAAAAAGUACCAGAAAAUAUUGUCAAGGGUGAUAAUGACGUCAUAACGACAACCAUGCAUGUGACAAUGAUUAAACCAUACUUGUGCAGGGUAGCCAUUUUCCUAUAAAAUAUUGCCGUUGUUUCCGUUUUUUUUUUUUUUUUUAAGGUCCUGUUUAUAAUACGAUCAUGCUGCCUAAACUCUCGGAAUGAAUCUCAGGGGCAAUGUGAAAAUCAUAAAAUAGUUUUCAAAUCUAUAAAAAUGAAGAACCUGGAAAAUAUAUCUCCCUGUCGGAGCAAUAGCGAGAGGUUGAGUGAAAAAGGUCUAAGAGACCUGGGGCCCUGUGAUGGGGACCUGGGGCCUGGUGGGAUUUAGGGGGAGGGUCAUGCCAAAACAUAUGGCAUGUAAGGGCAAUUAACUAACGUUUUGAUAUUUGAACGAAAGCUUUUAAAAUUUAUUCAGUUUUAAGCAGGGAUUCAAUGAGUCCGAUGUUCAGCCAACAUUUGCAAUCUGUGGCAAUCGGAAAAUUCUAUUACCAUCAAUCAAGUUAUGACUCGAGCUCCAGUUGCACAUACUUAAUUUACUUGGUUGGAAGCUCCUUAUUUAUCAGAAGGGCGAACCAAAAAGCAAUUAUUAUAUAAUUUAAGUAAAUGACAUAUUAACGCAUUAUCAAUAUCGUCCCAGCUUUUUACGGGAUGAUCAUUGCGUAUACCGUAAAGAAAAAUAUCCUAUUGCCCAUUCAUUCAGAGACUGAAUUUAUAGUUUCCUUCGCAUGUGCUGCCAUGUAUUGCAAGUUAUGUAUUGUUUAGCAAUGAAAUGCAAGAAGGUGACUGUUGUUUAAGUGCUUUAUUGUAAAAGUAUUGCAGGUAAUGCAUCGUUAGCAUCGUAUAGUAAUGAUGAUAAUGAUGAUAAUAAUGAUGAUAAUGAUGAUAAUAAUGGUGAUGAUGAUGAUAAUAAUGACAAU